AUGUUGUUGCGCAAGCUAGAUGGAGAGCUACGCAAAAAAUUUGAGGAUGGUAGAGAAGACAGUCAGAAAAUCCCCUCAGUAGAAGAAAUCAUGUCAUUUUUAGAAGAUGAAUGUACUCAUAUGGAAGCUGCUAAUCUUUCUAGUCUAAGGAUAUCCUCUGCCUCCCACUCUAAUGUCAAAUCAAACUCUGAUUAUUCUAAGCAAGUGAAAAGGAAUGUAGUUGACACAAAUCUCUCAGUGUCAGCCUCAGAUAAGGAAAAACAUCCAGUGGUUGUGUUUUCUCAAAGUAAUGUUGUCAAGUCUUCAAAAGUACUAUUAGGCACUACCCUUGUGUAUGUUAUUAACAAAGAUGGCCAUUCUCUGGUUUUAAGAGCUGUACUAGACUCUGGCUCUAUGAUUUCAUGUUUGACUGAAAAUGCAGCUAAUCUCUUGUCCUUAAAUAGAUGGCAUAAUGGACAUAGUGAUGUAGAUGGCCUCUCUUCCUCUCACAUCAGUACCAAAGGUGCUUCAAAGGUAAAUAUCUCUUCUCUCAAUGGUACAGACAUAGUGAAGAACCAUCCUGUGGUUAUAUUGGAUAGGAUAACUUCGGAUCUUCCUCAAGCUCGAAUAUCAGCAGCGUUCAAGAAUAAGUUGAAGCACCUAGUUCUAGCAGACCCUACUUUUGACCUACCAAGCUCUGUGGAUAUGUUGUUAGGAGCUGACUUGUUUUGUAGGAUUGUAACGGAGGAUCACGUGACAUUUGGAGACAACAUGCCUAUGGCAAUGAACUAUGUGUUUGGUUAUCUAAUUGUAGGACCCGCUCCCCUAGAAAGAACCCCAUGUAAGGAGGGGACUGUAUCUUUACUCACCACUCAUGAAGUUGAUCUGCAUCGUUCCCUACAACGAUUUUGGCUGUUAGAAGAACCUCCGCUAAAAAUAAAACCCUCUCCUGAAGAUGAUCUAUGUGAACAGUUGUUUUUAGCUCACCAUUCCAGAGACUCUAAAGGUCGCUACACGGUCCGACUACCCUUCAAGGAGGCACCCGCUCCCCUAGGCAACUCCUCAGAAAAUGCAAAACGUAGAUUUCUUUCACUGGAAAAACGCUUAAACGCAAAUCCUGAACUAAAAGCAGAUUAUGUGAAAUGUAUGAAUGAUUAUAUGGAAUCUGGUCACAUGGAGAUAGUGACCCAGGACAGACUUGAUGAAUCUCAACAUUUUUUCUUGCCCCAUCAUGCUGUAGUUAAAAAUGAAUCGUCGUCUACAAAGCUCAGAGUUGUCUUCGAUGCUAGCGCCCCCUCCUCUACAGGGAUUUCUCUCAACCAGACGUUAUUAUCUGGGCCAAAGCUGCAAAAUAAAAUUUGUGACAUUCUUAUUAAUUUCAGACUACAUCCUAUUGUAAUGUCCUGUGACAUCAAGCAAAUGUUUAGACAGAUUAAAAUGCACCCUGAAGAUCAAAACUUUCAGCUUCUCUACUGGAGGAAGGAUUCAUCGCUCCCCAUGAGUAUCUAUCGAUUAACAACUGUUGUUUUCGGCUUUGUGAGCUCCCCAUUUUUGGCAAUACGAACAUUGAAACAACUUGUCCUAGAUGAAGGUCAAAACUAUCCAUUGGCUUCCAAAGUGAUGGAAAAACAGGUUUACGUUGAUGAUUUAAUAUUUGGAGCCAACUCACCAGAUGAAGCUCGAACUACGCAGAAAGAAAUUAUUGAUCUUCUGUCAAAAGGUGGUUUUGAUUUGAGAAAGUGGGUUUGUAACCGACCCGAACUAAUAAGCGACAUACCUGAAUCUUACAAGGAAAAGCCUAUGUAUUUCCAAGGUCCAGAUAAUCCUUUCUACAGUAUCUUAGGCAUAAAAUGGGAGUCAGAGAAUGAUCACUUUUCUUACAGGCUUGAUAUCCCGGAGAAGCCCCUUACCAAGCGAAACAUCCUCUCAGCCGUUGCUCAAAUUUUUGACCCUUGUGGAUAUCUUGCUCCUACCAUCUUCUGGACCAAAGCCCUCUUACAACUUCUUUGGACUCUAGGACUGAAAUGGGAUGAACCCAUUCCUACUGAUGUUGCAGAAAAAUGGAACAAGUUUUAUGACCAACUCCCUCAACUGAGAAAUAUUUUCAUACCUCGAUAUGUACACCUGCAUGAUGCCGUAGAUGUACAGUUACACGGUUUCUCAGAUGGUUCCGAAGCAGGUUAUAGUGCUGUUGUCUACAUCCGAACUGUCUCAGCAGAUAAUAAUAUCAGAGUGUCCUUGCUUAUCGCCAAAUCACGUGUAGCUCCUCUCAAAAGGAUAUCCAUUCCGCGCCUGGAGCUUUGUGGAGCACAUCUGCUGGCGGAAUUGUUGAACUACUCGUCCAACCUAAUCUCUCAAAAAUGUGAAAUCAACUCAAUUUUCGCUUGGACAGACUCAACGGUUGUAUUAUCUUGGAUACACUCCCCCCCUUUUAGGUUAAAGGUCUAUGUAGCUAACCGGAUAUCUCAAAUUCAAGAUUUAGUUCCACCACACAUGUGGUCUCACAUUUCUACACACUACAAUCCCGCAGACUGCGCUAGUCGAGGCCUCUUACCGUCCUGUCUAGUAAACCACAAAUUGUGGUGGUAUGGACCACCAUGGCUGUCAAAUCCUACAACUGAAUGGCCGGUCUCCUCAUUUAAAAUUAUGAAGAAUGAAGAGUUACCUGAACUCAGGUCUGAACCUUUGAAUGUUUUGAUAGCUGUCAAUGAAUUGGACAUUUUCUCCAAGUUCUCCUCAUGGAGCAAAUUGUUGAGAGUGUUAUCUUAUGUUUUUAGAUUCAUCAAAAAUACUCGUCUGAAGAAGAAAGAAUCAAGAUCCCUACAGUUAGAAGAACUGAAUAAUGCAUCCGUCCAAAUAUGCAAGAUACUUCAAUUGUCAGUGUUUCAAGAAGACAUUGCACGUCUCAAGUCAGGAAAACUAGUAACGUCCCGUCUAAAGCAUCUCUCACCCUUCAUUGAUGAUUCUGGACUCCUCAGGGUUGGAGGUCGCAUUCAACACUCAACAUUAUCAUAUGCAGCAAAGUACCCAAUCAUCUUGCCUAAGUCACACCAUAUAACUAACAUUAUUAUUGAUUAUUAUCACUUGAAAUAUUUACAUGCUGGACCACAAUUUCUCCAGGGCAUAAUCUCUCAAAGGUUUUGGAUCCUUUCAGCAAGAAGUGUAAUCAAGAGUAGAAUAUUUAAAUGUGUACGUUGCUUCCGUUGUCGGCCUACUCUAACUUCGCAGAAGAUGGGCGAUCUCCCUCCAGUUAGAGUUACUCCUUCUAAAGUUUUCUUUAACUGUGGAACUGACUUCAUGGGGCCGUUUUUGGUUAAGCCAAACAAUUUGCGCAAAACUAGCCCUGUAAAGAUGUACUUGUGUAUCUUCAUAUGCCUAGCUGUCAAAGCUGUUCAUCUUGAGGUAGUUAGCAGCUUGACUUCAGAAGCCUUUAUUGCAACCUUGACUCGUUUUGUAUCACGAAGAGGUCUUUGCUCAAAUAUUUUUUCAGACUGUGGAACGAAUUAUGUCGGGGCAGCAGCAGAACUACAACACAUUCAGUCAUUUCUACAACAGGAGGAGACUAAGAAAGCAUUAAAUAAGUUUGGAAAUGAAAAUCAUAUAAAGUUUAACUUUAUACCUCCAGCAGCACCUCACCAGGGAGGAAUAUGGGAGAGAACCGUACGAAGCGUCAAAUACCACUUACGACGUGUUAUUGGAGAACAACUCCUCAACUUUGAAGAAUUCCUCACCUUAUCUACAAAGAUAGAAGCAAUACUCAACUCUAGGCCCAUCACUGCCCUCUCCUCAGACCCUGCUGAAGUUGAUUACCUCACACCAGGACACUUCCUCAUUGGAAGCCCUCUACUUGCACUUCCUGAGCCCACAUGGGAAGAAGUUCGAAGCAAUAGACUCUCAAGAUGGCAGCUUGUCCAAGCUAUGUCUCAACAUUUCUGGAAGAGGUGGCAGAAAGACUAUCUCCAUACCCUGCAGAGAAGAGGAAAAUGGACACUUCCCCAAGUAAAUAUAAAGGAAGGUGAUCUUGUAUUAAUCCACGAAGAAAAUUCUCCUCCCCUCUCAUGGAGGACAGGCCGUGUCACCGCAACUUCCCCUGGACCUGACGGACUCGUUCGGGUUGUACAUCUUCAUACCAACAAAGGACCUCUAACAAGGGCUGUCACUAAGGUGUCUCCCCUCCCAAUUGAAGAGUAG